GUGCAAAACUGUACCUCCUUGCAAUCUUAUGCAAACCACACAUGCAAAUCUGCCAAAUUUAAAUCAUGCCCUGAAGGAUUAAAUGCCAGCUUUUGCUCCAUGUGAUCAAACCAGUGUCCACGGAGAGAGGAUCCAACACCAGCUCAGGCCUUCCUUAUUUGAGGGAUCAUCAUGGCAACCAAUGUGUUCAUCAGCAACAAUCAGCCCCAGGCUCCGACUCUGGUUGCUGUCCAGUCCAACCAGUGGAGCACCGGCAUAUGUGACUGCUUCGACGAUUUAAACGUCUGUUGUUUUGCCUACUGGUGCUUUCCUUGCUUUGCCUGCAACACCACCUCUGAGUUCGGAGAGUGUUGCUGUCUCCCCCUGCUGGAUUUGAUGUGGAACGCCGUCCAGAUGAUGUUUGUCCCAUCAUGCACUCCGCCUGUGUCCAUGUCAAUGAGGGUUGCCGUGCGUACCCGCUACGGAAUCCAGGGUGAUUUAUCAUCUGACUGCAUGUACGCCACCUUCUGCAACGUCUGCUCCUGGUGCCAGAUUGCCAGAGAGAUGAAAAGACGCAAACAGCCACUCACCGUUGUCUCCGCCCAGCCAAUGUACGCGGGUCCCCAGCAAUAUAUGAUAACCACCCAGCCGGGGGUCGUCACCUCUCAGCCAAUGAUUUCAGCUGCUCCUCUGUCUUAAACCCUCAUGUGACUCCUGGUUCUCUAAAAAUCCUCCUUUCUUUUAGGCCUCUGAGUUUCAACAGUUAUCUAUCUAAUCACUCUAGCUGAGAAUUCUCAGAGUGAGGCAUAUUUGGGUCUACUUUUAGAGAAGAAUCAAGUUUCCAAAUCCAGGAAUAUCAUCCUAUCUCCUCCAGGAUAUAGGGCAGCUACAGAGCUGUCCUAACCUGUUAGGCAUAAGAUAAGGCAAACACUCUCACACAUUCCAGUAGGUGGGUAAAUAUAGACUGAUUGAAAGAUAUGGAUGGUUUUAAGGACUCCAUAAACACAAUGUAAUGGGCAUAAUAUACCACCACUGCAGCAUUAGGCCCCCUUACAACUUUUAUAGCAGCUUUUGAAAUUGUACGUUUUUUUAUUUCCCUGGAUUUGGAGUCAAAAAUGUCUUGAACAGAUAAGGUCAAACUGUGUCAACUGAUGUAAACUAUUUUUAAAAUGGGUGUCAGUAGCUGAGUAGUGUCAGUCAUAAAUUAAUUUCACUCAACCUGCAUCAGAUCUUCUCAGAGCCUUUGGAAUGUAUUUGAGAGAUGUCAAAAUUUAUUUGAUUUGAUGUUGGUUUUUUUCUCAAAUGAAAUCUUCUAUUGCUUAUUGAGAGUUUGUGUAGGAACAUUCAGAAAUAGCUCUUGUCCUGCUCUGAGGUAGGCUAGAUCCCUCAGUCAGCUCUUUAACUGGCCACUUGUACUGUUUGGCCAGAUACCUGUACCUAUUUUUAGUUUGUUCUUAACACAACUGUUAAGUGUGAGUGAAAACUAAGAGUUCAAAUCCUAUACUUUAACUCAUAUUUGCAAACAAAAAAAUAAAUGCUAUUUAUCUGAUUUA